CAUUUCCUCUGGUGCCGUUCAGCAUGCGGCGUGUUGACGGAACUGUGCGGACGGCGAAGUGUAGAGUAAACAGAUGGUGUUAACGAGCGAUUUCGCGUUGUAUUCAUUUGGUUGUGUUACUAAGUAUAGUUCCUUUGAACCAUUUUCAGUCUUCGGGAAAACAUGCAAGGAGUGUCCGGUGUCGGGCCGGCACAGUUCGGCCACGAGGCUCCGAGGAGCGAGUGCUUACCGAGCCAAAUGGCGCGGAGUGAUGCUGUGGACAGUUAUGGUUAUCAGCUGAACAUGAAGACUGAGCCCCACAUGUUCAGCAUCAGCUCCUCAGAGGAGCUUCAGUUCCUCAGGUCUCGGGUUCAGAUGCUGGAGAGAGAAAAGGAAGAGAUGGCUGCGGAAAACCAGCGCCUCAAAGACCUGCUCGUCAAGGAGAUUCCACACCUUUUGUCUACAAUGUGGCAGAGUAUAACCAGCAAUGCUGGACAGCCCAGCCAUCAUCAGCCUGGCCCUUCACUAUCUGAGUCCAUCAAUGCUGGAGUCAGCAGCUACAUGCCUCCGCAGUACAAAGAACAGGACUGCAAUCUUCUGCCGUCAGUUUCGGUAGAUAUAAAAGGUGUUCAGCAGGAAAUGAUUUUGGAAACUGGUGCCUACGGACACAAAAUGGCUGGCAGCCAUAAUGGAGCUGAUGGGGGUAUGUUUGAAUCAAUGGAUGACAUGAAUGGGAAUUUGUGCCCUGUCGCCAUCAGAGAAGAUGGUCAGCAUGCAUAUCUAAGUUCACCGUGCAGCUCUACAGAUUCAGUAUCUUCUCUCAGUGAUCACAGACCACUGGCACCAAACAUCACACCUAUCCGACAGGUGGAGGUGUAUCCAGGUUCAGGCAUUUUCUGUGCAGAGCACGCUUGGCUGGCGGCAAACAUGGCACGGUCACCAACGGCAAUGGUGCGAGCCCUGCUGUUAGGGGUUUUUGACAUGGACACACUUUUAAACAGCAACCUUAGAGGAGGGAGGAGCCGCAGACCUUCAUACUCAGACCACCACGCCCCACUGGACCCAGACAAACUGAACGCCAUUUACAAUGCCACGCUGGCGCGGUUCCCAUUGGCACGGAAGGGCCAGAUUGGUACCGGGAUCAACUCCAAGCUGUCUGAGAUCCGCUUCAGAUCCAGGAAAGUCAAGCGGGACAGACAUGGCCACUGAUGGAUUUACCGCACAUAUUGGAAGAGUGUAACUCUGUUUGUGGGAAAAGUGAUUUUGUUGUGCCCGGGUGGCAUCCAUGUGUGUGUGGUUCUGUGUGUGAGACUGUGUAAGGUAAAGUGUUUGCUCGCUGGUUUUAGGAUGUUGGCCAGUUUUCCAGGGUCAUUAAAUUAUUAUUGUAUUGGAAUGAAGGAAGAGCAAACAGUGAAUGAAGAAACACAUAUGGUGGCACACAGCCCCCCUACACUCUUAAUAAUAAAAGGUAACAUAUGGUUUUUGGCUUGAACGUGCAAUUCUGAAAAGCAUCUGAUUGAUACAGAACAUUUUCAUUAUGUGUAGGUGAACUUUAAAUGGGAUUUCCACUGAAUAUUUUAAAAAAAAUCUGUGAAAUUAAACUGAUGUAAACAAAAAUA